AACGGGAUGCAGGCAAAGCCUUGCGCUUCUCACCGUCUGGUAUCUGACUCACAAAAUGUGCCUGUUUGCCUAGAGCCGUUGAAAUCUCACCUGGGAAUAGGGUAAAAGGCGGCACGUUGAGCUUUAAUGUGUAAAACGACACAGGAGAGAUGGGGUAUUAGCUUGCUUGAAUGGUAGUUUGUCGCGUAUUCAUGGUCAGCAAAUAAUUUUCCGUUAUGUGGUAAACCGAGGAUUUUGGGGUUUUUUUUUGUUAUCCUGUGCUGGUUUUAAAGAUGUUUAGUUCAUAGCCGAGCCUAUUACAGACUAACGUUAACGUGUCUGGCCCACCGUUAUGAAACAGCGGAAUAACCGUUACACCGGUGGUCGGUAAUAUGCCUUCUCAUAUGUGGCCCACAAACCGCGCACACAGGUGCAACCGGGGUACGUGCAGUGCUGCAGACAAAUGAUGGGGUUUGUUUAAAUUUUAAUGCCUUCAGCGCAAAUAUUAGCUUCUUUGAUAUUUGGUUAUUACGGUUAGAAACGGGUCAGAGUCCGUCUUCUGCCGGCUUCUCCUCCAUAGUGACGGUGUUAUCAUGUGGGCUGGGAUGGAGUAGUGAACCCAUUUAAACCCACCUACCCUUUUUUUAACUGGCAGAGAAAAGUAAAAGCUGCUCCUCUUUGACUCUGACAAGGCACACGUUGCAUCUGGUUAAACGCUAACUUAGGACCACUUCUAGAAAGAUCCAGCAUUUUUAAGAAUUUGCAAAAUUAGGUAAUGGCAUUAUUGCUGAAAAGGAUACAUAACGGAGGCCAUUCCCAUGGUACCCACUCACUUUACUGUGACUCCUCGCUCUUCCAUCUGGAGCCCCAAACUCCCUUCAGUGCACACAUAAGAUAUCCCCUAGCUUGACCUGACAACAGCUGGAACAACUCAAGUGGACAGAAGAUAGUCCCGCUACAUAAUCCCACCCGGACAACCGAACACUACUCUUAACAACUAACCAGCCAGUUAGCAGACGCAUUAAACUUUGACCAGUCAGGGCUUCAGAUAAAUGGCUGACAAGCAGAUCAGUUUGCCUGCCAAAUUGAUCAAUGGGGGGAUCGCUGGCCUAAUCGGAGUGACCUGUGUGUUUCCCAUUGACCUGGCCAAGACUCGGCUCCAAAACCAGCAAAAUGGAUCUCGCCUUUACACCAGCAUGUCAGAUUGCCUUAUUAAGACCAUUCGGUCAGAGGGAUAUUUUGGGAUGUACAGAGGAGCUGCCGUGAACUUAACGCUAGUCACACCGGAGAAAGCCAUCAAAUUGGCUGCAAACGACUUCUUCAGGCAUCACUUCUCCAAGGAUGGAAAGAUUACUCUGUUCAAAGAGAUGUUGGCCGGUUGCGGUGCAGGUACAUGCCAGGUUAUUGUCACAACUCCUAUGGAGAUGUUGAAAAUUCAGCUCCAAGAUGCUGGGCGGAUUGCUGCUCAAAGGAAGCUGAUGCCAGAGACAGUGGCACCAGGUACCGUGGAGACGAAAUCCCCGACAGCCAUGCAGAUAACCAGACAGUUACUGAAGGAAAAGGGCAUUGCUGGGCUGUAUAAAGGCCUUGGUGCCACGCUGCUCAGGGAUGUUCCAUUCUCUAUUAUCUAUUUCCCCCUUUUCGCCAACUUGAAUAACUUUGGAAAAAGAGGCGCAGAGGGCCCUGCUCCUUUCUAUGUUUCGUUUAUAUCAGGCUGCGUUGCGGGAAGCACGGCAGCUGUGGCUGUAAACCCCGUUGAUGUUAUAAAGACUAGACUGCAGUCGCUGACCCGAGGAAACACAGAAGACACGUACGCUGGAGUGACUGACUGCAUCAGGAAAAUUAUGCGUAACGAGGGUCCAUCAGCCUUCCUGAAGGGAGCCUACUGUCGAGCCUUGGUUAUCGCUCCUCUGUUUGGCAUCGCCCAGGUGGUCUACUUCCUGGGCGUGGGUGAAUUUAUCCUCAGCUUCUUGCCUAAAAAAGACAAAUAAGGAGCACCUCCUUUCUGCCUUUCCCUCCCAUAAUGCAUUACACCAACUUCGCGAAGAUUCAUCCCAUACCGAGAGAAGUUUGUGAUGGGUCCGAGCGUGACCACUAGUACAGAUUGUUUUCAAUUUUUUGUGUUGAAUGUGUUCAAAUCAUUCAGGAGGGAGCCUUAGUUAGCCAAGCUGCCUAUGGCGGCACAAAAACAAAUCCAGUUGGCAGGUUUAGCCAGCUCUCUGGAAAUAAAGCCACAAAUAUCAGCUUGUUUUAA